UGGUGAUAAAUUUCAGUUGUCUGGCCUUUUAAACAGCUGGUCAGCUCUGACUAAUAACUUCUUCCAGGUUUGUUCAAAUUAACCUAAAUAUGAAAUCAUGGCUGUCUGCACAGAACACCCUGCAGAAUCACGAUUACAUCCACCCCAAAAUGCUAAGCCCUAAAUGUUUACUUAUGUUUCCUAUUUGGCAGAGGCAGCCCAAAAGGCAAAUAAAUCACAUGCUGUGAGCUGGCCAGGCCCUUGACUGUGAGAAACUGAGACUAAAAAGCAGAACAAGAGUUAAAGAGUAAAGGGUUUUCAGAUGUGAGUCCAGCCCAGCUUGGGUGUGCUCCCUUUUAUUUGGGAGAAUGGAGAGGACAAUCUUUUUUGCCUCCACCCCUUUAAAAAAGAAAGAAAAUCCUAAAGAAACGUGUGUUGAAGAGGGGAAGAGCUGCUGCCAAGCACAGGGCCGUCAGACAGAUCUUCAAAGAACAUCUGGUAACCGCGGGUAACACUGUUUGGACAUCUGGUAACCGAAGGUUACACUGCGUCUCUUCCAUCCUGUCGGGUUUCCUGUUAUGCCUCGCUGUACACACUCUAAGAAGUUUAGGGUUAUCAUAUAUGGUCACCGGUUGGGGAAAACGUACCUUUAUUCAUUUUUUCUGACAUGAAGGGAGCACUUGGUUUCAUUGGGGUAUUCCUCUCCUUUUUCUGCGAUACCACUUAUGGAGAGUCUACCUUGUCAUUUGCUUGUGGGAAUAAUUCUCACCAUUGUCAGGAGUAUUGCAGCUUCUGUUAUAACUUUUAUGGUGCACCAACAAUGGAUUGCCUUUCCAUCAUGCUUGACCAUCUAUGUCUCCUCAAAUUUAAUGGUGCAAUGGCAUCACUAAACAACACUGACUGGUGCACUUGGGGCAAUGUGAGCGUUUUAUAUAGUAACCUAAGCCUUUGCACAGAGGAGAUAUCUGACUGUCUAGUGAUCCCAUGGCCCAACCAGCUGGUGGAACAGACCUUUGUGGAUAUUCACUCCAGAUUUUUCAAGGAUUGUCCCACAGAGCAGCUAAGUGACCCACCCCCUUUCAUCGUCUUUGCCUUGGUGAUAACUCCCAUCUGUCUGAUCCCUGUCAUGGUCAGCCUUGUGGUGCUCAAGACCAAGAAUGCUGAUGGUAGCUCCUGAAAAUCCUGAAUCUUGACCUUGAUCACAAUUCCCAAGAAUAUAACCUGCACUCUCCCUCCUUUGCAAACCUGAGGACUACAGCUUGUUAACACAUACACCGCAGCUUCACUUUCAUCCCGCUAGUGACCUUGAAGAGGACUGAAUAUUUCUGAGGAAUUCUAAAAUAUUUGCCACAGAGGAACCCUUUUGAGAAGAUGACACUGAUUCAGAAAUAAUGUCAUAAUCAGUGGCAUCACAAUGAUUCCAUCUGUUCAAUAACAACCUCCUUGAUGCUAACAGAGACACACUGUGAUUAAAUCUGUGUAAUUAUAAAUUACUGUACCAUACUGUGACACAAGUUUGGUUUCAACCAACCCACUCAAGAUCUGAACAUUUAUCUAGUGGUCACAUCCAAUUUGCAGACGCCAUUCAGAAAACAAAGUUUGGUUUUCUACUUAAGAACCCAGUAUUCAGUGUUGUGAUGACAAAAGCUCUGGAGCUUGCAGAAGUUAAGUCAAAUGUAAUUGUGAUGACGCUCCUCUACACGUUGGACAGCAGUUGUGUUGAUAAAAGACAAGGUAAUGUUUAUUACUGAACUCAUGAACUCUUCUAAUGCAAUUUUAUUUUGCUGCCAAUCAAACCGAUCUCUGCUUUGAGCCAUUGAUUCAACAAUGUACAAUAAGUAUGCGGGGGGACAUGUGCAACCUAAACUGAUUUGAAGUCUGGAUUAGAUAAAGUAUCUAGCAACAUUUGAUCUAGAAAAAGUUCUCUCUAUGUGUAAAGAAAGGACAGGAAAACGAGUAUGGUGCGAUGCAUGGAUCUAGUUAUGUGUGUCAUAGCUUGUGUAAGGUUUGAGGUCAGAGGUUACAGAAGGGACACAAUUAUCUGGUAAACCUAGAAAGGGAGAUUUAUCUCCUGGUAUUGUCUAUUUUUGAAAAGUUAGAAACCCUUUAGCACUUUCUCCUGUCCAAACAACUGCAAUCCUCAUGAUCAAACAAUAUGGUAAUUGAAGUAAAGUUUAUGUAACAUCUCCAUACAGAUCAGACAAAACCGCACAGACAGACAGACAAACAAUAGUCUGUGCAGCAUAGCGAUCAACACUGAGCAACAACAAAAAGAUAACACGUUAUCGUUCAACAGAAUCAUGAUAACGUUGUUACUUAUUGUUUAGUCUUGGAUGACGAUAAAGCCAUUGAAAGUGCUUUCAGAUUUGGAAAGAAAAUUUGUAUUUAUGAACUGUGUUAUAUUUCUGCCAUUGUCAGGGCUUAGUGGAUUUACUGUAUCAUCUGAGCGAUAACCCAUUCUGCCUGCUCUCACACCAUUUACUGUAUGUAUUUUGAUAUACU